AUGUCGCCCCAGGAGGAAACCCUCUGGAGCAGGACCGAUAUCAAGUCGCUCGUCCUGGUCGGGGCGGGCACCUACAUCGCGUACCACAUCGCCAAAGUCAUCUACAACCUCUUCUUUCACCCCCUGCGGCACAUCCCCGGCCCGAAGCUCGCGGCCGCAACAUACAUUCCGGAAUUCUACUACGAUGCGCUGAGGUCCGGCUGCUACACCCAGCAGAUAUGCAAGAUGCAUUCGAGAUACGGUCCCAUCGUCCGCAUUAGCCCCAACGAAGUCCACUGCAGCGAUUACCGUUUCAUCGACGACAUCUACGCCGUAGGGAACCGGAAACGUGACAAGCCCCUACACCAGGUCAGGGGCAGCGGAGUCGCCGAACAGGCAACCUUCUCGACCACCGACCACGACGUCCACCGCAUGCGACGGGGCGCCGUCUCCAAGUACUUCUCGCGCGCCCAGGUCUUUCGGCUGGAGCCCACCGUUCGCGACCUCGCCGAGCGGCUCUGCGACAAGAUCCUGGACGUGGGCAGGCGGGGCCCCUUCGACGUCACCUCCGCGUACAGCCUGUUCACAACAGAUGUCAUUUCCGGCUACUGCUUCGGCCAGAACCUGGGUCUCAUCGACCAGGACGGCUGGGAGCCCAAUUUCCGGGAACCGCUGUACGCGCAGCUGCGACUUGUGUACUGGUUCCGGUUCAUCCCGCUUCUGAAGCAUGCGGGGGUCGCAAUGGCCGUGUUCACCAAAAAACUUUCCGAGGACAUGGAGACACUUUUCAAUGCGCUGAUAGUCGACAUGCCCAACAAUGUCAAAAAAGCCCAGGCCAAAGUCGACAAGGGCAUCGACGACGGUACGUCCGUCUUCGGCGCCCUCCUGACGUCCGAUCUGCCGCCGCGCGAGAAGGCCCUCCAGCGUAUGGCCGAGGAGGGCUUCUCGCUGUUCGCCGCCGGCACCGAGACCGUCAGCUGGGCCCUGGCAGUCGUCACAUACCACCUCCUCACGAAACCGGAGCUGCUGGAAAAGGCCACGGCCGAGGUGAGCAAAGCAGUCGACGCUUCCGGGCAGCUGCCGUCCUGGACGGCACUGGAGAAGCUCCCGUACCUGGACGCCGUCAUCCACGAGGGCCUGCGGCUGUCGUACGGCCUCGCGACCCGGACUGCCCGCGUGCCGAUCGGGGAAGACUUGGUAUAUCGGGGCGAGUGGACCCCGGAAGGAAGCCGGUCGCCGACCGAACUCGAGUACGUGAUACCGAGGGGAUACGCCAUCGGCAUGUCGGCCGUCAUCGUGCACCAUGACGAAAGCGUGUACCCGGACUCGCACGCCUUCGUCCCCGAGCGGUGGUUGGACGAGGAGGGUCAGCAUCGGAAAGACCUGGAUCGGGCCCUCCUAGCAUUCUCCAAGGGGAGCCGGGGCUGUCUCGGCAUUAACCUAGCUUAUUGCGAGCUCCAUCUCUUGCUUGGGCUGUUGAUUCAUCGCGUGUUCCCGCGCAUGAAGCUGUAUGAGACCACCGAGGCCGAUGUGGCUUGGGAUCACGACUUUUUUAAUCCAUUCCCAGUAUGGAACAGCAAGGGUGUAAGAGCAGUCAUCGUGUGA